AUGGUCGCCAAUGGUCACCAUGGAAGGGACUUACGUGGUGGCGAAGGUGUCAUAGGCACGGGUGCUUGUUUGGGAGGAGCCGAUUGUCCUGUAACUUGUGGAGCUGGAGAUGGUGCAAAUGCUGGUGAUGGCGAUGAAAGCGACGAUACAAUCGCUGGUGGUGCUUGUGUUGGCGAUGAAACUGAGGGUGAUGACAAUGCGUGUGAAGAUGCUGGCGAAGGAACUGGUACCAGCGAUGGCGAUGGUGCAAUGGAUCUUACUGGGGAAGAGACUGGCACCUCUGAUGGUGAAAGCUCCGAGCUUGCAGAUGUCGGCGAGGGCGAUGGUGAUCGGCUUGUGGAACAUGGCGUCCGAGAAAAUGAUGGUGGUGGCGAUGGAGCUGUAAAUCUAUCUGAAGACGUCGGUGCCAAGGAAGGAGUAGCAAGUGGAGAUGGCGCAAUAGGUUGCGAGCUUGCUAAGGGCGAUGGAGCUGACACUGGAGAAGCUUGUGGAGCGAGCAAUGAUGGGUUUGAUUUCGGUGAAUGCUCCGGGGCGAGGAAUGGAGAAGGAGCUGGCGAAGCAUUCGGUCGCACUGCGUUCACUGCCGCAAGGAUUGACAAGAUCGAAACGAAAAGAGCCAGCGCCAUUGCUUCCUCUGUUCUUCCGCUGAGCCAAUGCUUGGAAUCGAUACGUGAAUGCACGAGCUUGUCCGCAGCCCUAGAUAUCCAUUCUCGUGCUCGUCACCUUCUCUUUCGAGAGGACGACACUUUCCUCACAAACAAGCUUAUUGAAAUGUAUGGCAGAUGCCGCAGUGUGGAGAAUGCCCGCCGGAUAUUCGACUCCAUGCAAACCAGAGAUUCUUUUUCGUGGGACAUGAUGUUGUAUGCCUACUCUAGAAACGGGAAUACGAGCGAGGCAAGGGCCUUCUUAGAUGAAAUGCCCAAAAAGAGCCUAGUGUCUUGGAAUGCAUUGUUAACUGCAUAUGCCGAAUAUGGGCAUCUUAAUGAGGCAACUUAUCUGUUCUACGAAAUGCCGGAGCAGAACUUAGUAACCUGGACUGCCAUGUUGGUUGCAUAUUCGAAGCAUGGGAAUCUUGAAAAGGCCAAAACUGUUUUUGAUUGGAUGCCACAAAAGAACCAAGUGACGUGGAAUGCCAUGCUGGUUGCAUAUGCCCAAUCUGGGCAUCUUGAGGAAUCUUACAAAAUCUUUCGAAAGAUGCCCGAGUGGAAUCAAUUGGCUCUCAACGCGCUCCUGUCUGCACACACGAACAAGCGGGACGUUGUCCGUGCGAGAAUUUUCUUUGAUGACAUGGUGGAGAAAAACCUGGUGACAUGGACUGCCAUGUUGGCGCUAUAUGCCCAGCACGGGCAAAUGACUCAGGCGAAGAAACUAUUUGAUCGAAUCCCGCAGAGAAACCUUGUCACCUGGAACGCAAUGCUGAGCGUCUAUGCUGCGAGCGGCGAUCUCCAAAGUUCCCGCGAGCUGUUUCUAAAGAGCCCCGAGUGGGACUUGUUCUCCGCCACCACCAUGCUCGUUGCUAAUGCCGAGAGUGGAGACGUCGACACCGCCAAGGAGCUCUUUGAUGGCAUGCUUGAGCGGAGCCUCGUGACUUGGAACUCAAUGCUGGCGGCCUACGCACAAAACAAUCGGCUGGAGGAAGCCAUCUUCACCUUUGAGAGAAUGCCCGAGUGGGAUCUUGUGUCCUGGACUACAUUGCUCGUGGCUUAUGCUCAAAAGGGGUUUCUCGACGAGGCCACGUCCAUCUUUGCCGGGAUGCCGCGUAGAGACUCCCUCUCCUGGAGCGCCCUUUUAUCAGCGUACUCCCUGAACGGGCAUAUCAGCAAAGCCAGGAGAGUGUUUGACACCAUGCUGGAGCCGAGCACCCUGUCCUGGAGCGCAAUGCUCGCUGCUUACGCCCAGAAAGGCCACUUCCGCGACACUCUGGAUCUCUUCGACUCCAUGAAGCUGGUAGCUAUGCCGGACGAGUCCUGUUUCUUGUCCGUCUUCCUAGCUUGCAGCCACGCCGGGAAAGUCUCCACCGGGACGUCACACUUCCUGGCGAUGCUGCUCGACUUCCAGAUCCAGGCCACCAAGCAGCACUACUGCUGCCUGGUCGAUCUCUUCGGACGAGCCGGAUACUUGGAAGUUGCUCAAGAGCUUAUCGCGAGCAUGCCGUUCGUCCCGGACGCUUUGGAGUGGAGAAGCCUGCUGGGUGCGUCGACGAGUCACCGGGAUCUCCAGAACGGAGUCUGCGCUGCGAAGUUCCUCGGCAACUUGGAUCCAGGAGACGCUUCUUCAUAUGUCCAAUUGUCCAGCAUCUAUUCCACGAGUGAGCUGAAUCUGGCUGAACCUCGCCCAAAUAGUUUCCAAUACAAAACAUUUUAA